AUGGUGAAUGUCAAAAAGAAACAAGCAUACCAGGACUCGCAGAUCCAAGGCACGAACGACUCCUCCAUAUUGUCUAAACGUUCUGUUGAAGCUAUAUAUGGUCCGGUUUUGAAUCCAGAUGCUACUCGAUACCUUGAACUUCUAUUGCCCAAAGCUAAACGACGUUCUCCGGGGGACAAUAGGGUUUUCUGGAUACGAAUGGAAACCGUGAAGAGAGCUAUUUCAUCGAUUGCAUCCAAAUACCCCAAGCAAAAGAUUCGGGUCAUUAACUUGGGUUGUGGUUUUGAUUCGCUCGCCUUCGAACUCAUAUCUCUGGAUCCACGUUUUGAAUGUCUCGAUUUCGACUACCCGGAUCUCGCCGAAAAGAAAUCAGCGAUGAUCCGUAAUGUUCCUGAGAUUCUUGAUACUCUAGGAGCACAGAUUGAUAUGGAAAGCCUGUUGGGCACGGUUUGGGCUUCGCAGUCAUACAAAUUGGUUGGUUGCGACUUGAAGGAUGCCGACUUGUUCCAUAAACAGAUAGAUGCUCUUUUGGAUAAUGAUGGAGCUGCAAUAUUUCUUGCAGAAGUUUCUUUGGCAUAUAUGGUGCCUGAAGAUGCUAAUAGGAUCGUCCAAAUAUGCGGUCAAAUCCCAAAUGCCCAUUUCUUGUCUCUCGAGCAAAUUCUACCAGCAGGCAAAGACCAUUUUUUCGCCCAAAAAAUGCUUUACCAUUUUGGCCACUUGCUGUCGCCAUUACAAUGCGUAGAAGCAUAUCCAAGCAAAGAAAAACAACUUGAUCGAUUCUCUAAAUAUUUCCACUUUUCAGAAGUGCUUGAUUUGUUUGAAGCGUGGGAACACUUUUUCCUGAUUGAGGAAAAACGCAAGGUUGCUCUUGUGGAAGAUUUUGAUGAAUGGGAGGAACUCAUUCUUUACUGCCAGCAUUACAUAAUCCUACAUGCUACUGUGUCUGAGCAGGCCAUUUUCCCCCGUCCAAAUCCAGAGUUUGAAUUGCCAUGUACGGAGCCAAUCUCAUUAACAUGCCACUCCAUGGAUUUGUCAGUGAACCUAAAGUUUCCAGCAGCAUCUUCGUCUGGCGCAGUUUAUGUGCAUGGAGGGCUAUCGCAAACCAGAACAGACCAACUAUUGAAGAUUGAGCAUUCUAUCUCUGUUGUAACGACGAAAGCAAAACCUUCCCCACGUAUGUCACAUUGUAUGGUGAGUCUUGACGAUGGAACUCUUCUUCUCAUUGGUGGACGGACACGACCAGGAUUUCAGCUAAGUGAUGUUUGGUUAUUUUCAACAGCGAACCAGGAAUGGUCCCUUUUAGGGAACAUGCCCGAGUCUAUGUCCAGACAUUCGGCAGUCUGUAUUUCCACAGGGAAAGCUUUAGUGUUUGCAAAUGGCAAGUUCUGGGAGGUAACCAAGGCGCCGUUUACCGUCACAGAAGUUGCAACAGAGGGACAUAUCCCUCUGCUAAAGAGUUAUUGCAUAGUAUAUGAUUCUCUCUCCAAGACAGGAUAUGUGAUUGGUGGGAUGGAAAACGACAUUGAGCCUCGUCUUAGUGGUGCCAUGUACAAAUUUGUAUAUGGUGACACUAUCGCCGUGUCUUUGUUUGUCGAAUCAUCUCAUUUGGCACGAAUUUCAGCAAUGGCAAAAUUGAUAGAAUCAGAUCUAUAUCUAAUGGGUGGAACAGGGAAAAUGUCUCCUCGCCGUUCUGACACCAUACUUAAAAUUUCUCUUUCCACGGAGAAGGUGUACGCUGUUCCAAUAUCUGAUACAGUGUGGAAGACUGUUCCUGUCUUUGUUGGCUCUCAAUUGGCCGGUAAUACUAUCGUCGGCGGUGGAGCAGUAUGUUACACUUUUGGAAGCAGCUAUAAUAAAACAUAUACUGUUGACUUCUAA